AUGCCCAUUAGCCCCUACAACUCCUCCACCUGGACUCAUCAUUACCCUGCAAAACCGUUAGCAAGGAAGUUGAGCUGCCCGAGUGCAAUGACCCCCUUCACCAAAGGAAGGAACUUCCUCUCUUCAUUUUCCACCUCCACCACCUCUUCCUUCUCCACCUAUCUUAACUUAAAAUCCAUGGCUGUGAUAGCCAUGACCUUACUUCUCCUCAUGAAUGGAGCCGUGUUGUUCAUGUUGAUGAUGAAUGGCGCCUCCUCCGAAAGGACUCUCACUCGUGUCCAUCACCAUGAUGAGAACAGCAAGCAACUUCCUCCGACCAUGGCAACCACCAACACUCACUCCCUCAGUGCUGAAGAGAAAGUUUUCUCUUCUUCCUCCACUUCUUCAAAGAAAACAGAUACAAAAGAUAGCAACACCAAACAUACAUCACCACCACUCACCUCUACCGAUGAAUUUCAACUCACCCCAAUAACGGUAUUGAAUGAAGAAUUCUAUCCCAUCACUGUGGCCACCUCCAUGAAAGAGGGAAGUUGUAAAUUGUUGCAUUCGGCCAUGAGGCAAGGCAUCCAAAUGAAUGUCAUUGGAUACGGUUUUAAGGAUUUCAAGCUGCAACACAAAGUUGGAAUCAUUAUGGAACAAAUUUCAAAAAUCAAAAAUCCUAACGCAUUGCUGCUCUUUGUCGAUGCUUAUGAUGUCUUGUUCUUUCAAAAUGCAGAGACCAUCGUUGGAAAAUAUUUGAAAUUGUUUGAAAAGAAGAAACCAGUCCUUUCCAAAGAACAUGCAUCAGAAUCCAAAAGACAGGACAUGCAUGGGCCACCUGACAGCACAAAGAGCAAAGAGGCAUCCCCUUCUGAUGAGAUGAUGAUUCCAUCCAGUUCCAACACGUCUCCGAAUGACUCCUCAUCAUUCAUUGCUUACUGUGCUGAAAGAAAUUGUCAUCCAUAUGGUCUCAUUAAUAGUGCUAAAGAGAGGUGGGGUGAUGCAUUUUGCAACAAAUUUCCGUCUGCCCCCAAUGGAUAUCGCUUUCUGAAUUCUGGAGCUUUUAUGGGAAGAAAAAAAGAUAUCAUUGCACUCUACAACCACAUCAUAAGUUUGCCAGAGGAUGUGAAACAUGAUCUCUAUGGAGAUCAAGGGAUGACGAGUUAUGUUUGGCUCACUACAGAAGAGCUCAAAGAUACCAUCAAAUUGGACUAUUGGGGAGAGCUGUUCUUCUCACUGCUCGAUGCGAGAAUGUCCAAUUUAGCUCUCGAACGCCAAGCUCCAAAAGACGAAUCUAUUGCCAAGAGUUCCAACAGUGGCAUUUGGUUUCGUAAUGGCGUACACAAGAACUAUCCAUCUAUUGUUCAUGGUAAUGGAUGGGGAAAACAUAUCCUAAAGAAUUUAAAUUCGAGACUCACAUGGAAGCUCUCAGAUUUGGACAAGGAGAAGGCUGUGAACUAUUGUUAUGUGAAUGGUGAAAAGAAACACAUUUCAGAAUUGUGUAGCUUUCCAAAGUAA